UCACCGCUUGGAUCCUCUCACAAUCGUUUCUAAGAAAUCCGCUUCCCCAGAGCUCCGGCGCUCUUUGAUGACGUUUUACUUGCCGCCGAUAAAAUCUGUAUUUUGAUUGGCCGUCCACGACAUUUCCGGCAGCGUUUGGACAACAACUUUAUUAGAAGGUGCCACGCGGGACGGCGACAGGGAGAACUGGGAAGUAGGGCUUGGGGAACUCAUACGCUGCCGUGAAUUGAGCCUCAUAAACAGAGAAUCGCUGUGGCUCGUCGACACUGCGACAAGACAGGAGUAAAGAAGAUGGCAACGUAGACGAUAGGUGGAGGCGCUAGAGGAUAAACCAAAAUCUGCAAGCCGCAAUUUGGAGUCGGGUGCAAACUAAAGCGGGGCAGGAAACUAUUAAUUCACAGGUUUCCUGUGUCGCAAGGCCUGAUGGGGCAGGUAGUUUUGCGCACGGCUCCACCUCUCUGAAGCUUGAGGUGUCUCCUGACCAGAGAAAUGGAGUUGGAACAGAGAGAGGGGACCAUGGCAGCCGUGGGCUUUGAAGAGUUCUCAGCGCCACCAGGCUCAGAGCUGGCUCUGCCUCCCCUAUUUGGUGGCCACAUCCUAGAAAGUGAGCUAGAGACAGAAGUGGAAUUUGUGUCCGGUGGUCUGGGUGAUUCAGGACUCCGGGAGCGAGAUGAAGAGGAAGAGGCAGCCCGGGGUCGCAGGCGUCGACAACGGGAACUAAAUCGUAGAAAGUACCAGGCGCUAGGUCGGCGCUGCCGGGAGAUCGAGCAGGUGAAUGAGCGAGUCUUGAACAGGCUCCACCAGGUGCAAAGGAUAACUCGGAGACUCCAGCAGGAGCGCAGGUUCCUCAUGAGGGUACUGGACUCCUACGGGGAUGACUACCGGGAUAGCCAGUUCACCAUUGUGUUGGAGGAUGAUGGCAGCCAAGGCACAGAUGUCCCUACCCCAGGCAAUGCUGAGAAUGAACCUCCAGAGAAAGAGGGGCUUUCCCCACCCCAAAGGACACCUGCAACCUUAGACCCCAGCAGCCCAGCCCCUGGCGAGGGGCCCAGUGGCCGGAAGAGGCGGCGGGCACCACGGGUGGGGGCUUCAUUGACUCCAGAACUGGCCCCAGUGCAGGUGGGAGCCGAGGGCUGGGGCCAAGGCGUGAUUAAGGUUGAGGAAGACUUUGGCUUUGAAGCAGAUGAGGCCUUGGAUUCAAGUUGGGUUUCCCGAGGGCCAGACAAAUUGCUACCCUACCCUACCCUAGCCAGCCCACCCUUUGACUAACCCUCUCUUCCCAAUAAACAGAUUCCCCAUGUA